GUCUGUAUUUGGAGAUAAUUUUCUUUUUCCCAUAUCCCCAUUAUUUAUCAACUGACUUCAAUAAAAUUUGAAAUUGAGUCAGUUUUUGUUUGGUGGCCCCUCAUAUUGUGAGGCUGUAAACAGUCACUUAGUUAUGCCUUAAUCUGGCACAUACUUUCAGUCUUCUGUUGUCAGCGGCACAGACUGUUCACUGCUUCGCCAUCUCCUUGCGCAAGGACAAAGCCUUCAUCCUUUUUGUGGGUUUCAAGCAAUAAGAAUUUGCCCUGAGUUAAAACAAGUCCAGAUUUUGACCCAUUGGAAAAUAUUUCCAAGUACAUUAAAAGGAACCCGAGAUGUGCUCCAGAGUGACUGCUUAAACUGGCCCCGCAUCUGUACACUGAUACCACAGCACACUUAAAUAGUUAAUCUGAGGGAGGGAAAAAUGCCAGUCGCCCAACACAGGAACAGCUGUGAACACCUGACAGCUCUGAGUUGCACAAUCUUCUCCAAGCAAACUAGCAAAGCAGAAAUGUCGUUCCCUGUCUUUUUGCUGCUGAUCUUUCUCUUAAAGUCCAAUCUGUCAAAAAGUGAGGCUGAUUCAAGGAGCAUUAUCAUUUCUGCUCUUGAAAAUGCAACUGUCUUCCUGGAAAAUAAACAAAGGGACAUCAAUUUAGACGGAGUGUUUGGAUUUCAUAUUUUGCAAGUUCAUUUGAAAGGAGCCCUGGAGAAAUGGCCCUCAGAACGUGAAUUACUGUCUCAGCAGGCCCAAGUCAAAAGGCUGGUGAAGAAGUUGUCUUCUCUGACUGAAAAAGCAGCUCUUUCUUUUGGGCACAGCGACCCAGAGUAUUUCAAAGAAUUUCAACCAACCCUAGAACUACAUUUUUGGAUUCUUCCUCAUUUGUGGAACCAAACAGACUCUUCUUUUGCAUACUCUGCAUUUGACAACAUCAAUUGCUUUACAGAGGAAAUGAGUGAUAAAUGCUUUGCAUAUUUGCUUGGAACUUGGAAAUAUAAUGGCAGUUCCUGCAUUGUCACCAAGGCCUGUAGGAAAAUCAUGACAAUGUCUGGAUGCUCAGAUUAUUGCCUGUCACAUCAGCUUUUCUACUUUUUGUUUGCAGAUGCGAAAGGAUGCUCAGAUCGUCUGUUCCAGAGAUCCCAAUAUUACAAGAAUAUUUUCUGUGCUAGCAUGAUGAAAAUAAACCUGAUGAUCGAAAGCAAUGGGUUCCAGUUUCCCUCUCGAGACCUCUUUAUGGAAAAUAUUAUGCUCUGUGGUAUGGCUGGAUUCUCUGACUUCUACAAACCCAGCUGGCUGGAGACCAUUCUCACAUGGCAGAAGCCUGAGGAGGGAUGCUUUGGAAAGUCCAGUGAGAUUUUUGAACACCCACCCAGGGUAAAGAACCAAGAGCGGCUAUUGCGAAGAGUUAAAAGAAGAGAGAAGGUCUUUGCAGAUGGAUGUUCCUCUCAUACCACAGGUGUGGCGGUAGGAGUCCUUGGAGGAUUCCUCUACUACUACUGAAAAUGCCAAUAUGUUACAGACGAUCAGCUUGGACUGUCCCAUACGCAGAUCAGCGAUUGAUUAGUCCCAGAACAAUACGAGCUCCAGUUAUAGCAUUAAAUAGGGAGUCGUCUUUACAAAGAAAAUCUACCCCUGCAACACACAGAGCAACUCCAUUAUGGUAGCUGAGUCAGACUAGUGCAGUGGUGGCCAACCCAAAGCUCGUGAGCUGCAUGCGGCUCUGCAAAGAAAAAAUUGCAACUCCCACACCUGCACCCAUGGCUCUGAAAGGGGCAGCGUGUUCUAUCUGAAAGAGACAGAGCUGGAGUUAUGGAGUGCAGACUUCAAAAUGGCCACCUUCAAAGGGCAAUGCUCUGCUUUUAAAAAGGCUUUUUUUUUGUGCUUGACAAUUUUUUCCCUCGGCUCUUUGCACUGUAUCCAUUGCUAUUUUGGCUUUUCGUCUGGCCACUCCUGGAUUAGUGCUAAUUUGGCAGCAAGAUGGGCUUUUUUACGGGCAGGUUUUCAAACCUAUAAUGGGUCAGG